AUGCUUCUAUUCAAUAUCAAUGCACAGUUAAAGAAUGGUUAUUGUGGUCAGUUUGUUGGUGUUCAAACCGAAGACGAUGGAAAUGAUCAACUGUUAAUUGAUUUUCUUCGAGUUGGCGUUGUCCCGUUAGAUCGCAAAACGUGGUACAGAUAUGACAGUAAUGGUAAGGUACUAGGGAGUCGCACUCAAUAUCCACUAUCACUUUGCUACGCCAUAACUGUACACAAAUCCCAAAGUUUGACCAUUGAUAAGACUGUCGUAGUGCAUUGUUCCCAGGAAUUUAUCCCCGGCCACACAGAUGUUGCACUAUCCUGUGUUAAGCGUGAAGCUACCCUCCAAUUUCGGAUUUCGGAAGCAUUUUUUUAUUACUGUUGCCCCCUUCACUAUCUGAUAUCAUAACUUGUCCAUCAGAAAACGUGAUGCCGGCAUUUGAGUGCUGCAAAAAUCUUGCAAUUGACCAAGCCUGUUGUGAGAUGGAUGAUACAUCUAAACCAUUGUUGAAACAGUUUGCCAAGAUCUGACUGAAUAUUUUGAGUCCAAUAUUACGGACCGUAAUGAAGUAAGCCUUGAAGACGUUCUGUUAUGUCCCAUACAAUCGUGUUUGGUUUGCCCUAUUUGCGAAAAAGCCAUCAGAAGGUCUCAGGCAAAUGCACAAUGCUCAAUUUGUGAUUUGUAUGUGCACCUAAGUUGCCUCGGCGCUGAAUUUGAACAAUCUAAACGUUGUUCCUUAUGUUGUAAUACUAUACCACCUAAUAAUACUGAUGAAAGUCCUUUUGCCUUAUUCCCCGAGUUUGUCGAUGUAGUGAAAACUCAAGGCCUUAAGAUUGUGCAUCAAAAUAUACAGUCUAUAACUAAGAAAAUAAAUGAGUUACAGUUGAUUUGCUCAUCUGUUCAAUCGGGAAUACAUUUUAUAACUUUGAGUGAAACAUUGCUAAACAGACAAAUUUUGGACUCUGAAAUUUCGAUUGAGGGUUAUAAAGUCUUCAGACUGGACAGAGUGAAUAAAGGUAGUGGUGUAGCUGUUUAUGCAAAAAAUGAAUUAUCUGUAGUCAGGAGAGACGAUCUUGAAAUGGAUUGGGUUGAGGGCCUGUGGGUAGAGUUAUUUCUCCCCAAAUCGCGUCGAAUUUUAUUGGGUAUGUUCUAUAGGACCCCCAAUUCGUCGCGCUAUUUUGAUAAAGAAUUUGUUUCAAAAUUUGAGGUUAUGUUGGAUAUUGCCACCGCCGAGGAGAAAGAGGUGAUUCUGCUUGAUGAUUUUAACUUUGACUUUUUGCCAUCUGUGCCUAAGACAGAUGCAUGUAACCGACUGAAUUUGCUUUUCAAGCUACUGAAUUUUAAGCAAUGUAUUACUGAUGCUACUCCUAUUGCCGAGCGUUCGACCUCCCUUUUUGAUCUUAUUGCUACAAAUAUUCCUAACAAUUUAAGUCGUAGCUGA